AUGGGUUCCAAUCUAAGUCUUUUCCAGGGCCAUAGCAAAAAGAAUAAAAUACCACAAAAUAGUAAAAUAAAUCCCAAUAUUAAUAAUAUAAAUAAUAAUGAAAAUAAUUCAAUCAAAACUAACAAAGAUCAAAAUUUAGAUAAUUAUGAUAAUUUUCGUAGAGAUGAACUUGUAAAUUUAAAUAAUAAUAAUAUAAAUAACAAUAACAAUAAUAAUAAUAAUAAUAAUAAUAAUAAUAAUAAUAAUAAUAAUAAUAAUAAUAAUAAUAAUAAUAAUAAUAAUAAUAAUAAUAAUAAUAAUAAUAAUAAUAACAAUAAUAAUAAUAAUAAUUCGAAUAAAAAAUUAAGUAUUGAGGCAACAUUGUCAAAUUGGAAAAAUUCAAGUAGUAAUAAUACAAUCAAUCAUAGUGCUUAUAAUAAUAAUAGCAAUAAUAGUAGUAGUAAUAAUAGUAAUGAAAAUGAAAAGAAUAAAAUAUUAAAAGAUUCAAGUAAUUAUAGUUUUUAUAAUUGGAGACAAAUUGGUGAAGAUGAUUUGCAAGGUGAUGGAAAGCCACCAUCAUGCAGAUAUGCUCAUACAAUGACUGCAAUUGGUACAAACAUUUAUAUAUUUGGUGGUUAUAAUGGUAUUUAUUUAAAUGAUGUUCAUUGUUUUGAUACAAUUAAUAAAAAAUGGAAUUUAAUUCAAACAACAGGACCAACACCAAUAAAGAGAGCAUUUCAUAGUUCAUGGGUGUAUGGAAAGAAAUUAUAUAUUUAUGCAGGAUUUAAUGGUAAAUUAAUAUUGAAUGAUCUUUAUUCAUUGGAUAUUGAUAGUAUGGAAUGGAAAUUGGAGGUGACGGGUGGUGUACAACCAAAACCAAGAUUUGAGCAUACUACAUCCCUAAUUGGGAAUUCAAUUUAUUUAUUUGGUGGUGCAAAUGAUAGUAAUUGGUUAUCUGAUAUACAUAUUUUAAAUUUAGAAGAUAAACAAUGGAGAUCAAUUGCAACACCAAUAAUAAAUAUAAAUGAAAAUAGUAAUAAUAAUAGUAAUAAUAAUAGUAAUAAUAAUAAUAAUAAUAAUAAUAGUUUAUCACCACCACCAAAAAGGUGUGCACAUAGUUCGUGUGUUGGUGGUAAUUCUAUAUUUAUAUUUGGUGGAUAUGAUGGUGGAUUAAGAUUAAAUUCAAUUUAUGAAUUUGAUACGAUAAAGAAACGUUGGUAUAAUUUACAUAAUCAUAAUUCAAAGAAAAUGGGUAGAGCUGCUCAUUCUUGUUCAAUGAUUAAUGGUUCAAUGAUUUCAUUUGGUGGUUUCGAGGGUACAAAACGAUUAAACGAUUUAUCUUUAUUUAAUACUCAAAAGAAGGAAUGGAGACCAACUGUUGUUUUUGGUCAACCUCCUUCAAUUCGUUCUUAUCAUUCUUCUUGUGUUAUCGAUAAUAAAAUGUAUAUUUUUGGUGGUUUUGGUGAAUUAAAUAGAUUAAAUGAUUUAUUUAUUUUAGAGCCAUGUAAGUAA